UCUAGAGCCGCUUCUGCUGGCUGAGGUCUUACCUUGUGACAAGAGGGAAACUUCUGUCCCUUGAGAGGGUGAACUGAGUGAUCUCUCUGGCUUUAAUCUUGCCAAACAUAGUCAUUAAGCCUGGUGCUGGCAUUUAGAAUCCCAUUCGGUUCCCAUCUUGUUCUCCUUUCUUGGUCAUUGAGAGGCAGCAGAGAUGGAUAGGGCUUUGGCAUCUAACUAGGCUCGAGUUUGAAUCCCAGUUCUGCCAACUUGUUAGCUUUGUGACCUUCAGCAAAUUACUUAACUUUUCAGAGCCUGGUUCCCCGUUUCCCUUCCUGUAAGCUGGGUCUAACUGGCCCUGUCACACAGAAGACUGUGGUGAAAUGAGAUGAGAUAUGAAAAGCCCUUGAUGCCACCCUGAACACAGGGUGGACCAGCUGCUUUUCGAUAAGAGCCUUCAGACAGGUGCUGCGUGCUCAUUGCUUCUACCUUCAUUCUUUCUAUAAGUCUGUGCGUUCAUCAAGGGCAGAGACAUUAACCUUUGUCCAUAAUGUUGGGCACACAAUUGGGCUCAGCAAAUGUCUAGUGAAUUUCAAGCGAACAGGUGGGUGGUACAGAUUGAAGACAGCUGUCCCUGGGCCCUUGCAUGAUAAACACUGCUGGAGCAGAACAGCUGGGGCCCAGGGGGUAAGAAGAGGUAGUCAUUCCUCAGUCUAGUGCUUCUCCCAUUGGCUUUGGAGGGCACAGGGGAGUCAUCUCAGCAUGACCUGAGAGCACUGUGACCCAAUUGGCCCAGUGAGGAUGGGCAACUCCCCACCAACACCUUACUUCUACCUGGAACAGGGCCAGCUCAACUAUAGCUGUACUGCUGACCCACUGUGGGACCCUGGGCAAGUCCCUGCCUUGUCUGGCCUCAUCUGGCCCUGAUGACCCCUAAUGGCCCUUCCAGCACUUAAGUCCAGUGACCUCAUUUUCCUGGGCCUUUACAAGAGGUUGCUGGACAGCAUUAGGGAACACAAUUUCCACUGCCCUAAGCCCCCUGUGAUGCAGUCCCUUCUCUUUCAGAUGCAUUUCAUCUUCUCAGAUGAGGUAGUGCUUCUCUUUGAUUUCUGGAGUGUCCACAGUCCUGCAGGCAUGGCCCUUUCGGUGUUGGUCGUCUUGCUCCUGGCUGUGUUGUAUGAAGGCAUCAAGGUUGGCAAAGCCAGGCUGCUCCACCAGGCCCUGACGAGCCUGUCCAUCUCCACCAGCCAGCAGCUCAUCGAAGAGACAGACCAGCAUUCUUCAAGCUCAGACUCCCCCCAAGUCAGCAGAACCCACCUCAGGUGGUUCUUGUGUCACUUUGGCCAGUCUCUACUUCAUGUCGCUCAGGUGGUCAUCGGCUACUUCAUGAUGCUGGCUGUUAUGUCCUACAACACCUGGAUUUUCUUCGGUGUGGUCCUGGGCUCAGGUGUGGGCUACUACCUAGCCUAUCCACUUCUCAGCAUGACUUAGCUGGUGACAGCUGUGCAGGCUCUGGGGGCUGGAGAGAGCUGGGGCCCCUCCUUCCAGACAUUGAACUUCUAGCCCCACGUCUCCUUUUUCUUCUGUUGGCUGUUCUCACGGCAUCCCCAGCUCCUGGAAACUUUCAGCUGAAGCCAGCACUUGCUCCCUGGAGUUGAGGCCACUGUAGCUCCUCAGCCAGGCUGCAGAGGGCCCAAGCAUAGUCUUUCUGUGCCUUAAAAAGGGUGCUGUGACCAGAGGGUGGACGGAGAGACUAGAACCCGGGGGGCAGGUUUCAUGAUGAUGGCAGCAUCUGCGGGACCUGUUUCCCUUUCUUGGGGGGAGAGUGACAGCAGACUAAAGGCAGAGAAGCAGGACUGUCAGCAAGGCUUUGACCUAUCCAAAUAGAGUGAGCUCCUCCCAUCAGACAGCACUGCCUGCAGGAAGAUGAUACUUUAAUGGCUUUAGGUGUCAGGGAGCUCUUCAUGGCCUUAAAUCCCCCCUUUUUCUUUUUUUUUUUUUUUUGUGGUACGCGGGCCUCUCACUGUUGUGGCCUCUCCCAUUGCGGAGCACAGGGUCCGGACGCACAGGCUCAGUGGCCAUGGCUCACAGGCCCAGCCGCUCCGCGGCAUGUGGGAUCUUCCCGGACCGGGGCACGAACCCGUGUCCCCUGCAUCGGCAGGCGAAUUCUCAACCACUGCGCCACCAGGGAAGCCCUCCCCCUCUUAUCCUGAUCCUCAUUCUAUGCAAAACCAAGAACUGCACUGAAUAAUAUUCAGUACAAAUGUUCUUUAUUUAUUACUUACUGCUCACCCAUAAUGAUCUGGUAGGGAAACAUGAUUCAUCCAUUUAAAAUACUGAGUAAGCCACAGGGGGUACUGACUGAAGAUGCAAUAAGCAGUCAAACCAAAGCAUUACACUAGUAGAGUUAGGUGGGGCUCUUCAGAUAUUUGAACCUUUUCACUUUAAAGAAAAGGAAAGAAUAGACCCAGGGAGAGAAAAUCACUGCUGUAUACUGUAAUGUCUACAUUCAAGUACCUCAUGGGCUAGAUGAAAGAUGGUCUGAAGCUUUGAGAAUUUAA